AUGUACACGCAGGUAGACACAGGGAACUGCCAACCUAAUCUGGCCAGUACAGGUGCCCAGGAGAUGCAAGGAGAGCAGAGUUUAAACAAGUAAUAAAGCGCUCAGCAAAGAGAGGGAUAAGAGAGUCCCUGCGCGGGUAACAUGGCUUUCGGUAAAAUGGAAACCACUGAUGGACCAUGGUCAUGGGUGGUGCUCGUUGCGGUUAUGUUCAUACAUGGAAUGACGCUAGGAUUCCCUUCCUGUAUCGGAGUGUAUUACACAGAGCUUCAGAACUCUUUUCAGGCUUCCAACACAGAGACUUCCUGGUUCCCAUCAAUUAUUAUGGCUGUUCUUCAUGCAGGAGGGCCGCUGUGCAGUAUAAUGGUUGAAAGGUUUGGCUGCAGAGUUACUGUAAUGGUUGGAGGUGUCUUGUGCAGCAUGGGAAUGGUUACCAGUUCUUUCUCCCAAACAAUUGUCCAUCUCUAUUUAAGUGCUGGACUUAUUGGAGGUUUGGGUCUCUGUUUCUGCUUCCAGGCAGCUGUCACAGUGCUAGGAUAUUACUUCAUCAGACGGCGGACAUUGGCCAAUGCUCUGGCUGCAACCGGAGCUUCGGUUGGAAUGGCAUUGUGGCCACUCAUUUCCCAGUAUCUCCUGGAAGCAAUGGGUUGGAGAGGUUCCUUUCUUAUCUUUGGUGGAAUACUGCUUAAUUGCUGUGUUUGUGGUGCUAUCAUGAGGCCAGUGAGAUCCCCAACUCCUACACCUAACAAGGAUUCCCAUGUCACUGACUUGCCCACUAGUAAGCCCUGUACAGGUGAGGAGUUGGAACAUGGUAAAGGUUUGCGGAGGUACCUGGCUAUUGACCUCCUUCUUCAUCAUCGUCGCUACCAAAUUUUCACAAUAGGUGUAACAUGGAUGGUUCUAGGUUUUGUCUUGCCACUCUUUUACUUGGUACCAUAUGCAACAAGCAGUGGGGUCUCUGAAUCAACAGCUGCGUUGCUGCUCUCACUCAUUGGAUUCAUCAAUAUAUUUGUGCGCCCUGUAGCUGGGUUAGUAUCUCAACAUAAAAUGUUCUCUGGAAGGCUUAUGUACUUAUUUAGUGGGGCUGUGACUUUGAAUGGACUCAGCAAUCUAGUUUGUGCAGCCUCUCCAUCAUUUCCAGCUCUGGUGAUUUACUGCACCCUAUACAGUGUCUCAAUGAGUGUCAUUGGUGCAUUAGUAUUUCAAGUGCUGAUGGACACAGUUGGAAUGAAGAGGUUCCCUGGAGCAUUUGGACUUUUCACCAUUCUGGAGAGUAUCACCAUUCUCUUGGGACCACCUUUAGCAGGAUUACUGGUGGAUAUUACUGGGCAGUAUGGCUUGGUUUUCUAUGCCAGUUGCAUUGCAGUGACGUCGUCUGGCCUUUUCAUGGGUUUGGCCACCUUUGCAGUAAACAGGAAGGAUGCAGCCAAGAAAAGUGAACAAAACAAAGCAGAUGCCAUAAGCAACAAUGAUACCAAAUACUCUCCAGCAAGACAAGAGAUGCUAUAGGAUGAGACUCUGUGAGAAGAAAAAUCUAGCUCAGUCUUCAAAGAGUAUGUUGUGACAAAAUGAAGUCAAUAUUUCUGCUUUAGGAUUUGGAGCAGGAACACUAUUCCAACUUUCUGCCUUCACAAAGCUCAGACAAGAGGCCUCACUAGGUAUCUCAGAGUGUAUUAAGGACACUGCAGAUAACUGUUGUCCCAAUGGGUGAAAACACAAUGUUAGCAUGAGCUGUUUUUCAUUUAAAGUGAUGUCAGUGAUGUCAUCAUAGAAAGGUCAAUAUCAUAUUUUAAGGAUAACUGAAGUACAUUCUGCUGCACUGAAAAACAAUCCAUAAAAAUACAGCUGCUACGUUUAGGACAUAUUUAACAGCACUUCCAGUUGUAACCGCUGCACUUUAAUAAAUCCUUUUACACAGUGUUAGGUCCAGCUAUUACACAAUUCAUUAUAU